UCCCCUCUUCUUCCCCCACACCCCCUCCCCCCCACUCGCACCUCGCCGGACCUCCGCCGCCGCCGCCCCCCUCCCCUUCCACCUUCCCCUCCACCUCCCCCGACUCGCCACGCCGUAUGCGGCUCGAUCGCCCCCGCCCGCGCCUCCCCGCCCGCGAAAAGGGGGCGGCUUGAUCUCGCCGCCGCGGCCUCCGGGCACCCCCGGGCGGGCCGGCCAUGGAGAGGGUGGCGGCGGGGAGCAGCGAGCAGGGGACGCCCGACAGCGAAAUGGGCGACGGGGACAACGACAGCGUCGGCUACGGCACGGAGAUGGAGCUCGACGCCUCGGCCCCCGCCCCCGCGUCCGCCUACCCGGCGCGCCCCAGCGUGCACGACGGGGUGGACCCGUUCGAGGGCAUGGAGUUCGACGACGAGGAGGACGCGUGGACCUUCUACAACCUCUACGCGCACCGCGUCGGGUUCAGCACCCGGAUCAGCGUGAUGCACCGCUCCCGCCGCGACGGCUCCAUCAUGUCGCGCCAGUUCGUGUGCGCCAAGGAGGGCUUCCGCACCUACCGCGGCAAGCACGAGCAGGCCGCCGCCCUCGCCUCCAGCCCCGGCGCCCCCGCCGGCGCCGACGACGGCGGCCGGGGCGCCCGCCGCACCCGCGCCGUCACCAGGGUCGGCUGCAAGGCCAUGAUCCGGGUCAAGAAGCAGGACGGCGGCAAGUGGGCCAUCACCAAGCUCGAGACCGCGCACAACCACCCCCUCGUCCCGCAGAACCAGGCGCACUGCCUGCGCCCGCACAAGCCGCUCUCCGAGUGCGGCAAGCAGCGCUCCUCCUCCUCCUACGGGGUCCGCCGGAAUGGAGGUAUGUUCCUCGCCAUUGAGCCUGCGCCGCCACCACCGCCCCCCACACCGCCUGUUCCUCAGACCGGCAUCAUCCCUCAACCAGCAGUGGUUCCCCAUUACAUCGGGGACGGCAUCGGAAAUGCCACUAGAGUGAUCCUGGAUUAUGUCAAGCGCAUGCAAGCUGAGGACCCGGCCUUCUUCUACGCAAUGCAGUUCGUCGAGGGCCAUCCGGUGGGGAAUGUCUUCUGGUCCGAUGCCAGAGCGAGGACGGCGUACAAGGACUUUGGGGACGCCGUUUUCUUGGACGACCACUGCAAAAGAAGCAAGUAUGAGCUCCCUCUCGUCACAUUCACCGGAGUCAAUCACCAUUGCCAGCCAGUCCUAUUUGGGUGUGCAGUCGUCAGGGAUAACUCUGAGGCGUCGUUUGCUUGGCUCUUUGAAACACUUCUCUUGGCAAUGUCUGGUCAGCACCCUGUCUCUCUCACCACAGAGUAUGAUGGCGCCAUACAAUCAGCUGUCCACAAGGUUCUUCCUCACACCAGGCACCGAUUCUGCAGGUGGCACAUCUUGAAUGAAGCCCAGUGUAAGCUAUCAGAUUUCUUAAAUGCAUUCCCGUCCCUUUAUGAUGAUCUUGUCAACUGCAUCAACAUGUCUGACACAAUUGAUGAGUUCGAAGCAAAUUGGGAGGCAUUGAUUUCCAAGGUUGGGUCUGGGCAUAACGAGUGGCUUGAUUCAAUGUACAAUUGCCGGCAGCAGUGGGUCCCGGUAUACUUGAGGGAUACGUUCUUUGGAGACGAGCCAUCAAGGCAGGGGUGUAUGAGCAGGAGCUCGUUUUUUGAGUCUCACAUCACUGCUAAAACCAAUUCACAGUCGUUCAUUCAGCACUACGAAAAAGCUCUCGACAGUUGUUAUGAGAGGGAGGUGAAGGAAGAGUUCGAAACAAAGUAUUCGCUUCCAGAUAUCAAGACACCAUCUCCUAUUGAGAAGCAAGGAGCAGACUUGUACACAAGGACACUGUUUUUGAGGUUCCAACAGGAAUUGAUUGGUGCCUCUGUUUCUACUCUGGAAGUGGCAGAGCAGGAUGGUAAGGCUUGCACGUAUAAAGUGACCACAUCUCAAGGAAGUGAGAAGCCUCGUAUGGUUCAAUUCAAUUCUUCUGAGUGUUCUGCAAAAUGUACCUGUCAGAUGUUCGAAUGUCUUGGUAUUGUCUGUAGGCAUAUUCUUACUGUCUUUGGUGCACAAGGUGUAUCUGCGCUUCCUUCUCAGUACAUCAUGAAAAGAUGGACCAAAAAUGCCACAGAUAGAAGCUCGGACAAGAAACCUGAUGAAGUUAUUAGAGUUAAAGAGCUCAAGGAGGAGCAAAGAAGUACUGUCGAGGAUGGCGAGCAAUCUCAGACAUGGCGCUACAACAGUUUGUGUCGUGAAGCACUUAGGUAUGCUGAAGAAGGAGCAUCAUCUGCAGAGGUUUAUAUUGUGGCGAUGCAGGCUCUUCAAGAGGCUGCUAACAAAGUCAAUAUGGCCAAGAGAGGGAUUGGACAAGUAGCAGCACCAUUGGCAGUGAUGCCAAUUACAGCGCAGCUGCCAGAAUGUUCUGGAAAAAUCCAGGAUAGUUUUGGUCAGCAAAAGAAGAGAAAAAGGAAUUCAAACAACUCAAGAGAGAACUCCACACCGAAUCAGUUUAUGCAUAUGCAGCAACCUAGUAAUUACCUCUUUGUUGGUCCCAGUACAUCAGGUGGUUCACAAGGGCCUAGUCAGCUAGUUGCUGCAAUUCCUGUUUCUUCCUGUGCACAACAUGGGGAAACAUCGGGUGCACAUAACUCAACCGAUGGCAACAUGGCAACUGCUUCUGUAGCUGUUGACAAGUUUCAUGGAUUCUCAGACCGAGAUGCAUCAACAACAGCACCUUCUUCAGGAAAUGUUGUGCAAGCAGGAGAAACUAAAUCUUCAGGGGUUGCUUCACAAAUUAACGAGAGUCAUGAACUGUCCCAAGCUAAUGGAAACAAGGGAAGCAGCGUAAAUUCUACUGCUUCACCACAGCUUGUGACCGUUCCAAUUGGAUUCUGCCUGCCCUCCAUGGACAAGAACAAGAUGUCUACUGGUAUGUAUGUAUUGCCAUGAUUUUACGUUGCUAUGAAAAUCUAUAAAUUGUUCCAGACAUCUGGCUGCAAUUCUGUUUAUAUA